AUGCGAUCCCCCAGGUCCCUAAAGGACAUUCAACAGCUGAAUGGAAGGUUAAUCGCCUUUAACCGCUUCUUAUCAAAGGUAGCCGACAGGACCCUUCCCUUCAUGAGGGUAUUGAAGGAUUGUCUUCAAACGGACAGGUUUAAAUGGACUCCUGAGGCGGAAACCGCUUUUCAAGAAAUGAAAGAUUACAUCUGCAAGCUCCCAACCUUAUCUACCCCAGUACCCGGGGAACAGGAAGGAAAUAAGAUACCAAUAUACUUCAUCAGCAGGACCCUCAAGGGUCCUGAGGAACGCUAUAUACCCCUGGAGAAGUUAGCUUUAGCUCUUGUUUUCGCGUCCCGGAGACUCAGAAGGUACUUCCAAGGACACAAGGUCACCCUAAUGACAGAUCAACCCCUCCAAAAAGUGCUGAGGAGGCCGGAGUUAUCAGGUCGACUGGCUAAAUGGGCAGUCAAAUUAGGGGAACAUUCCUUGGAAUUCAAAGCCAGAACUGCCAUGAAGGGACAAAUACUGGCCGACUUCUUGGCGGAGGUCCCUGAGGGUGAGGGACCAGAGCUUUUAAAGUGGGAAGCCUUGGAAAGGGAAGAGAAAGAGAAGGAAGACGAGGCAGUGUGGAAACUACUCACAGACGGGGCCUCCAGCGAAGAGGGUAGCGGAGCGGGCAUUACGUUGAUCAGUCCUGAGGGAGUUGAGCUAACCUACGCCAUCAGGCUGGACUUUGAGAAUACCAAUAACAUCGCAGAGUACGAAGCCCUCUUAGCAGGGAUGAGGCUAGCCAAAAAGAUGAAUGCAAAACAUGUGGAGGCCAGUACGGACUCGCAGUUAGUGGUCAAGCAGUACCAGGGGGAAUAUGAGGCUAAAGACAGCAUAAUGGCUCAAUACGUAGCAAAGGUAAAAGAGACAACCAAGACUUUCAAGACCUUUAAACUAGAAUAUAUCCCCCGCGGGAGAAACAGGAAAUCCGAUGCCAUCAGCAAGCUGGCCUCCGUGGCAUUUGACCACCUAGCAAGAGAAGUCAAAGUGGAAGUCCUGACCUCCCCCUCUCUUGGUACAGAAGAGGUGGCUACGAUCGAAAACGCACAAGAAACAUGGAUGACACCGAUUGUAAGGUUCCUCAGAGACGGAACAUUACCCGAGGGAGACUGGGCAACUAGGAAGGUAAGAGUCAAAGCUUUACAAUAUGAGUUGAUUGAUGGAGAAUUUUACCGAAGGUCAUACCUGGGCCCAUCCCUGAAUUGCGCCGAUAAUGAAGAGGCUAAGUAUGUGAUAAGAGAAAUACAUGAGGGGAUUUGUGGAAUGCAUUCUGGGCCAAGGACAGUAGUGGCGAAGGUGAUGGAUGCGGGAUUCUAUUGGCCUAGAAUGUAUGAGACAGCAUCAGAGGAGAUAAAGAGCUGUGACAAUUGCCACCUCCAUGCACCCAUGACACACUGCCACAAACACCCAAUGAUACCUGUUUCAACGUCUUGGCCCUUCCAGAAGUGA